AUGAGCAUUCUGAAGGUAACGAAGUUCAUCAACGGCCCGUUGAUUUUAUCAAGCAAAUCUGAUAGCGACCCGUACAUCAACGCAUACAUAAAAACAAGACCACGCAAAAAAGACGUUCCCGGUGCUGCUCAUUUCCUGGAGCACAUCAUACUUUCUGGAAAGAACCAGUGUGGAUAUACGACCAGAGAAUACACCAGUUUCAGUUUUAGGAACGUAAACAUCCCUGAUGCCGUUAGGUACGUGACUCGUCCGGAUUUUGGAGAAAAAACGUUUGAGUACGAGCAGGAAAGAAUAUUGAGAGAGAAGAACAGCAACUUUGAGAGACUCAUUGAUGAGGCGCAUGCUAAUUCACUGGGUGCAGAUAACAUAUUGGGCAGCCCCGAACGUAUAGCGAUUGGUGACCUGGUCGAUUUUCACAAGGCGCACUACAUUCCUAAAAAUUUUAUUUUCCACGUCACAGGACCGCAAUCACAUCAACGUGUGCUUAAAGAGUUUAAGAAGCACUUGAAUUUGGGUCGAACGACAAGAACUAUAAGGCAUACGUUUGUACCAUCCAUUAAUCUUAUGAUUAAAGACACGUGUGACUUUUUCGUUGGCAGUCUCCGCAAAUUGAACGAGGACUUCGCCUAUAUACGGUCUGUAGGUCACAAGGAUAUCAGGUUUAUGAGUUUUUUGAGGUAUUUGAAUGAUUUGAAAAAGCAGUUGGAAGGGAUGGUGAUCAGUGUACUGUACUUUCCCUACGCCAGUAAAGGUGUUUUAUGUUUUAGUAAAUGAGCUU